AUGGAGGGCAAUGGUCUCGAUAACUCUGCUAUCAACAAGCUGAUACCCGAAAUUUUCGAUCAAAUGCGUUCAAAUCUCAGUAUAGGGCCAUCCGGGAAACCUCUGAAACCUUUUGUUUCCGCGGCAGCAACGCCUUCCAGCAUGACCGCACAAUCGCUAUUAGAAGAAAGCAAGUGUUUGGACGAAAUAAUACCCGUCAUUCAAACUCUAAACUCGUCUCUAAGCUCGGCAGGACCGCAGCACCUCAAACGAAUUCGAGAAACCUGCGAAUCUUCUAAUAAGGUUUUGGACACAUGGAUUAGAAUUCAAUCGCAGGCCGGAUACGCAUACGAACUUAUGAAUGACGAAUCAUAUUUGGAGUUCGUCACAGCUGCCCAGCAAGACCAAACGUUGACGCCACAAGCACAUCUAGAGCGAAAACAGAAUCAAGUGACGGAGCUGAGGCGAAUCUUGGAAAACAAGCAGAAUUUAAAGGAAAAGGCACAAGUCGAAGAAAAAGAGCGCCAGUCUAUGAAUAAUUCGUCGAUCAGACGUCCGAAAAGGUUCGGCACCACAAAUCGUACCCCAGCCACAAGAGGUGGCAUGCGGAAGCCAAGCGGGAUCCCAAGAAGCACAUCAAGAAUAACAAAGCCAACUCCGGGAAAUCGACCCUCCACCAACCGGUUCCAACGGUAA